AUGGGUGUUCUAUCCAAAUUUCAACUUCUCAACUCGACGUUGACUUAUAAGAAUUGGUCUCCAGCUUUUGCCGGAGUUUUUGGUUGUAUUGCGAUUGCGAAUCUUUAUUCGGGAAGUUUUAGAGGAAAGAAAAGUGGACAAAGUUUGUCGAAGAAUGUGAAGAAAGCAGGUGCAAAGACUGGAUUGGAUGCGGAAUUUUUUGAGAAAAUUCGACGACUUCUCAAAAUUUUGAUCCCAGGUAAAUAUUAAGUAUCAAGAUUGUUUCGGAAAUUGCAAGAAUUUCUUAAAAUUAGAUAUCUAAAAAAAUCCACAAAUCCCAAAAUUAUUUCCAGGUCCGCUCUCAAUGGAAGUAUUUUACAUGGUCGUGAUUGGACUUGUUUUACUCGCUCGAACUGUUGCUGAUGUUUAUAUGAUUACAAAUGCAACAAGUGUUGAAGCAUCGAUGGUUGACAGAAACCCAAUUAUUUUUGCUGUCUCUGUCUUCAAAUACUUCCUCAAUCUUCCAGCGAUUUCUUUGAUCAACGCGUUAUUGAAAUUCUCGUUGUCCGAACUCAAACUUCGUUUCAGAGAGCGAUUGACAAAACAUCUUUAUGAUAAAUAUCUUGGGUAAGUUGGUCUUUUUUCUCCCGAUUGACUUUGUGAAAAACCCGUGUUUGUUUUCAUUCUAGGAAAAAACAGUAGUUUUUUAGAUAAGGUUUUUUUAUAAUUUCCUGGUUAUCAAAAUAUUGAUUGUUCUUUGAGUUAAAAACGAAAAUGAUUAUUUUUCAGUUUGACAUUCGAACUCAAAAACCUGAAAUCAUCUUUUAAACUACUGCAACCUAAAAUCCUAAUAUAGGUUUAUUGUCAUCAAAGCCUACAGUACCCAAACUGCAAGGACUACUGUAGAUGAGUGAGAAAUCAAUUGUUUUUUAUUGAAUCUAACCACCAUAGAACCAAAGUUUCUCAGAGUAUCCAUCAAAAAAAUAAUUAUUUUUUUCCAGUGGCUUCACAUUCUACCAAAUCUCCAAUCUCGACAAUCGAAUUCAAAAUCCCGAUCAACUUUUGACUCAAGACGUCGAAAAAUUCUGUGAUGGAAUCGUUGAAUUGUAUUCGAAUCUCACCAAACCAAUUCUCGAUGUAUUUUUGUACAUUUUCAAACUUGGUCGAGCUCUCGGAUGGGAAGGUCCAGGAAUAUUGUUUGGAUAUCUUAUGGCCAGUAUGGUUGUUCUAACCAAGCUCCGAAAACCGGUUAGAUAUUUUUGAGUUUUGAAAAUUUUACAACUAACUUUUAGAUCGCAAAAUUGACUGUGGAAGAACAAGUUCUUGAAGGAGAAUAUCGAUAUGUAAACUCAAGAUUAAUAAUGAACAGUGAAGAAAUUGCAUUCUAUCAAGGAAACAAGCCAGAAAGAAAUGCAUUAAUGGGAUCAUUCCAAAAUCUUGUAAUUCAUCUUCGAAAAUCAAUAAUGUUCCGAUUCACACUUGGAUUCGUUGAUAAUAUUGUUGGAAAAUAUGUGACAAAUAUUAUUGGAUGGAUUGCUUGCGCAAAAACUCUAUUCGAUAUGGAAAAUGAGCGGGUAAAUAAUAUGGAUAGAAAUGAAAUUAUGCAAGAGUUGUAUAAUUCUGGAAGAAUGAUGUUGAAAUUGUCAGAGGCUUUGGGAAGAUUGGCUUUGGCUGGAAGAGAUAUGACUAAGUUGAGUGGAUUUACGACAAGAGUUGAUACUUUGAUGAAAGUUUUGGAUGAUAUGAAGAAGGGAAGAUUUGAGAAAGGAAUUGUUAGUGGAACAGAAUUGCAAUCGGGAAGAGGAACAUUGAUCACUCAAGAUAAUAUUAUUCGAUUUGAAGAUGUUCCAUUAGUGACACCAAAUGGUGAUACUCUUAUUGAAUCACUUUCAUUCGAAGUUCCAUCGGGCAGAAAUGUUUUGGUUUGUGGGCCAAAUGGUUGUGGAAAAAGUUCUCUUUUCCGAACACUUGGUGAACUUUGGCCAGUUUUCGGGGGAACUUUGACGAAACCAGCAAAGGGUAGAUUGUUCUAUGUUCCACAGAGACCAUACAUGACUUUGGGAACACUUCGGGAUCAGAUUAUUUAUCCGGACACGAUUUAUGAUAUGACAAAGAAGGGGUUGAAAGAUGAACAUCUCGUGGAAAUGUUGGAAUAUGUGAGUGUACUUCUUGAAUCUAAAAUGUUACCGAAUAAUUUUCCAGGUUCAACUAACUCAUAUUUUGGAGCGUGAAGGUGGUUGGGGAGCAGUUCAAGAUUGGAUGGAUGUUUUAUCCGGUGGAGAGAAACAGAGAAUUGCGGUAAAUUGGGAAGUUGGAGUUUGAAAUAUGUUUUUUCGGAUUUUCAGAUGGCUCGACUUUUCUACCAUAAACCACAAUUUGCAAUUCUUGAUGAAUGUACUUCUGCAGUUAGUGUCGAUGUUGAAGGUGAGAACAGAAAAUUUUAAAUAAAAUCGAAGAUGCUAAGAUUUCUCUUUGAUAGCUCGAUUCCUAUUAAAAAUUCUUUAAUCUCUUCCGAAUCACACAUCCCUAAAAUUUAAUCUUCAAGUCCGAACCUUUUUCUCAGGAAAUCUUUUUGUUUUUCAGGUGCAAUGUAUCGUUUAUGCCGUGAAAUGAAUAUCACAUUAUUCACAGUUUCACAUCGUAAAUCAUUAUGGAAAUAUCAUGAAUAUUCACUUUAUAUGGAUGGACGUGGAUCUUAUCGAUUUGAACAAAUUGAUGAAAAUUCCGAUCAAUUUGGAUCAUAA